AUGAAUGAACAACAGGUAUGGUUUUUGCCGCUGAAUGUGGUGACCCACCCGAGGAAGCCCGACAAGAAACGUCUAGUUUGGGAUGCUGCGGCUCGCGUGAACGGCGUUUCACUCAAUUCACAACUGUUGAAAGGGCCGGACCAACUCGUUACAUUACCCUCCGUUAUCUGCAAGUUUCGAGAACGCAGCAUUGGAUUCGGAGGGGACGUGAGGGAAAUGUUUCAUCAGCUGAAGAUGAGGCAAUCCGACAAGCGUUUCCAGCUGUUCCUCUUCAGAUUCGACACUAGUAAACCACCUGACGUGUAUAUGAUGGACGUCGCGACCUUCGGAGCAACAUGCUCCCCAUGCUCUGCAUUGUACGUCAUGAGAUUGAACGCCGAUAGCUGCAAAGAAGAGUUCCCGGCCGCUUGUGAUGCCAUAAAAGAGAAAACAUACAUGGAUGACUUUUAUGACAGCCUCAAUACGCCGGAGGAGGCUGGGAUGCGAGCCUUACAAGUGAGGGAAGUUCAUGCACGAGCCGGGUUUGAGAUGAGGAAUUGGGUGAGCAACAGUCCCAAGGUCCUCGAAAUUCUCGGAGAAACGGUGGAGAUGAAAUCGCUCCCAAUCACGGCGGAUAAGCAGACAGCUGAGAGAGUGCUAGGCAUGACCUGGGAGCCUACUGAGGAUGUCUUCCUGUUUUCAGUUGAUCUGCACGAACAUUUGAUGGAUUACGUCUUAGGGAAUCGACGUCCGACUAAAAGAACAGCGUUACGGUGCAUUAUGAGCUUCUUUGAUCCGCUCGGUCUCUUGUCACCAUACCUUAUCCAUGGAAAGGUUAUAUUGCAAGAUCUAUGGCGCGCUGGUAUUGAUUGGGAUACGGAGGUAGGAGAAAGUGAGUUCGCCAAAUGGACGGAAUGGACCAAAAUUCUUCCAAAAUUGAAUAGCAUCAAAGUGUCUCGAUGCUAUUUUGAGCAAGUACGACCCGAGGACCUUUCGCAGCUGCAGCUGCACGUGUUCACAGACGCUAGUGAGCAAGCAUACGGAUGUGCAGCAUAUUUGCGAUCCGUUUCAGAGGGAAAAGUGCGGUGCAUUCUAGUCAUGGGCAAGAGCAAAGUAGCUCCGCUCAAGGCCCUAUCAAUCCCUCGAAUGGAACUGCAAGCAGCGGUUCUUGGAUCGAGGCUUUUGGACAGCAUUUGUUCCAACCACACGUUGAAGAUUACAGACCGCUAUCUGUGGACGGAUUCCAGCACUGUGCUCAGCUGGAUUUGUGCUGAUCAUCGAAAGUUCAAGCCAUACGUCGCACAUCGUGUGGGGGAGAUUCUUUCCCUUACUCAACCCGAUCAAUGGCACUGGGUCGCAUCACGAAACAACGUCGCGGACUGUUUAACGAAGUGGUGCAAAGAUACGGAGCCUACCUCGGAUAGCAGGUGGUUCAAUGGACCGAACUUCCUCUACGAUUCGGAAGAUAGUUGGCUGACUAAGGACAUCGGACCAUCGAGAGCAGAUGAAGAGUUGAGACCAUGUUUUGUUCUGCACCACACCAUCGCAUCAAGCUGUAUAAUCGAUGUGAGCCGCUUUUCCAGAUGGGAGACAAUACUUCGGACCGUAGCACUCGUCAAGCGGUUCAUCUCCAACUGCCAACGACGCCUACGAGGACUUCCGUUAGAAGCUGUGAACGUCACUGAAAACGUACUGAAAUCUGUGAUUCGGACAACACCCGCACUCAGGGUACCAUUACGGCAAAAGGAAUAUGUGGAUGCAGAAAACCUAUUAUUUCGGAUCGCACAAACGGAUAGCUACCCGGAUGAGAUGGAAAUACUACUGAAUAACCGAGACAAACCUAGUGACAAAUGGCUGAACUUGGAAAAGUCAAGCGCACUCUUCAAAUUAUCGCCGUUCGUGGACGAAUUCGGGGUUCUGAGAGUAGAAGGGCGUACCGCUCAUGCCAUGUACGCCGCAUUCGACGCCCGUUUCCCAGUUAUAAUGCCGAAAAGCCAUCCUCUUACUGUAUUACUUCUGAACCACUACCAUCGUCGCUACGGACAUGCAAAUAGAGAAACAGUAGUUAACCAGGUGCGCCAGCGGUUCGAGAUUUCACAUCUACGUACAACAAUCGACAAAGCGGUUAAGGGAUGUCAGUGGUGUAAAAUCAACAAAUGCAAGCCACAACCGCCGAGGAUGGCUCCCCUACCGGAGCAGCGCCUGACGCCGUAUAUCCGACCUUUCAGCUAUGUAGGUUUGGACUACCUAGGUCCGCUGGAAGUUGCAGUAGGAAGGCGUAGAGAGAAAAGAUAUGUGGCAGUGUUCACUUGUCUCGUUGUCCGCGCAGUCCACCUCGAAGUCGUCCACGAUUUAUCCACACCAUCCUGCAUAAUGGCGAUUAGGAGAUUCGUUCGCAGAAGGGGUUCGCCUGUGGAAAUAUUUUCCGACAACGGAACCAACUUUGUUGGUGCUAGUCGGAUAUUAGCAGACCAGAUAAGGAGAAUUAACGUCGACUGUGCGGAUACGUUUACGGACGCUAGCACCAAGUGGACCUUUAACCCUCCUGGGGCACCCCACAUGGGUGGCGCCUGGGAGCGCAUGGUGAGAAGCGUAAAAGAAGCUAUGCGAGCCUUGGACGAUGGAAGGAAGCUUAACGAUGAAAUUCUGUUAACCGUUUUGGCGGAAGCGGAAAGCUUCAUAAAUUCACGGCCUCUUACAUAUAUGCCCCAGGAGUCAGGGAGUACUGAAGCACUAACACCGAAUCAUUUUAUUUUCGGAAGCUCAUCAGGUGCUCACAAUCCGUUAAGGACUCCAGUGGAUUUGGCCGAGGCUCUUCGUAACAGCUAUAAGCGAUCGCAGUAUUUGUCUGAUGCCGUUUGGGACCGAUGGUUAAAGGAAUAUUUUCCAACAGUCAACAAAAGGUCUAAAUGGUUUUGCGACACAACGCCGGUGAAAGUUGGCGACUUAGUCUACGUGACGGAAGGCAAGAGAAGAACUUGGGUGCGUGGCAAGGUGGUAGAAUUGAUAACCAACAAGGACGGAAGGGUACGCCAGGUCAUCGUGAAGACAGCCUCAGGAACAUUCAAACGGCCGGUAGUUAAACUGGCGGUAAUGGAGAUUUCGGAAGAUGGUGAAUCCAGAGCAAGCCAUCAGGAGAUUCCACCGGAUUCACGGGGAGGGGAAUGUUAUGGCAACACUGGCCAUGGAGCUCAAAUCUUGGAUGAUAAUCGGCGUGAGUGA